CCUAGUGUGUAGCCGAUGGCACCUGCGCGAUUGAGGCACCACCGCCAAGAGCUAAGAGACAUGGCGGCCCGGUAUCUGUUGCUGCUUCUUCUCAGAGUCGCCGGCGGCAUUCUUCAAGUCCAUGGCCAGGUCGAUAGCUUAGUCUCCACCAUUGGCGAUGUGUUCAUAUGCAAGUUUCAUAAGCAUAGAUUGCGGUCUCCCGCGGGAGACGGGCUACUUGGACGACACGACCAAGCUCCCCUAUGUCCCAGACGCCGGUUUCAUCGAUGCCGGCACCAACCGCAACAUCUCCCCGGAGUACAAGGCGGGAAAGAGCUGGGGCAACGUCCGCAGCUUCCCCGACGGCGUGCGGAACUGCUACACGCUCCGGUCCCUCGUGGCCGGGCUCAAGUACCUCAUCCGGGCUAAGUUUAUGCACGGCAACUACGAUGGCCUCAACAUGUGGCCUAUCUUCGAUAUCCACAUAGACGUCAACUACUGGCAGACCGUGACAAUCGAAUACGGCGACAAGCCGGAGAUCGCUGAGAUCAUUACAGUCAUCUCCAGUGACUCCGUGCAGGUGUGCCUCAUCAACACCGGCUCCGGGACGCCGUUCAUCUCUAGCCUUGAGGUGAGGCCUUUGAAGAACAAGCUCUACCCGCAAUCGGGCAAGUCACAGGCAUUGGUUCUCGCCUUCAGGGCCAACGUUGGCUCUGAUGAAUCCAUUAGGUACCCUGACGAUCCACACGACCGUAUAUGGGUCGAAUGGUCUGCAAGGCCUGAGUGGUUGCCGAUAUCAACGACCAACAAGGUGCACAACAACGUCACUGACUUUUUCGAGGUGCCGUCGGCCGUCAUGCAGACCGGCAUAUAAUGUCCAUCAACUCCUCCACGCCCAUUUUCACUUGGGAAGCAGAGCCCAGCACCAAAGAUCCAGCGCCCAGGUGCGUACAGUACUCUACUGACUACUCACUCUUUUAGAUAGCCGUGGGGCCAAAUCCAUCUCCUUUCUCUUCGAUUUUUUCUCUGUGUAUUUAUUGCGAAGGGAAGCAUGCUGUCCACUAGCAUCACCAGCAAUACCGAUGAGGCUAUUGACGCUAUUCACAUUUGAGAGAGAGUCAUACAUUCGUAUUUCAUUUGUAUUUAUGAUAAUCUUCGUAGUGCAUAGUAUCAUAUGUUAAUAUUUGAUGAUCCCAUUUAUUAUUAUGAGUAUUCAUGAUGAACACUAAUGUAUUUUAGAUAUCACUUCAUUGUGUAUAUGAUACUACUUUCUCCGUUCUGGUUUAUUGGUCCCUUUAGUAUUUUAUGCCAAAUUUUGACUAUAAAUUUAAUUAACAAAAUUUUAAUGCAUGUCACAAAAAAUAGUAUCAUUAAAAACUAUGUUCAAAUUAAUAGGAAUUCAAUAAUAUAAUUUUUUAUGACAUGGAUAACAUUUUUUAGCUAAAUCUAAGAUCAAAUUUUGACACAAAAUACAACAAAAACCAAUAAACCAAGACGGAGAGAGUAGUAUCCACUCUUUCUUCAAUUAAUACUGUAUAGCAUGUCAGCAAUAACCUAGUUGGCACUGCAUGAGGUUUCGAGCAUGGUUAAUAAUACAGCCAAUGGUCGCCUAUAAAAAGUUGUCAUGUCAUCUACAGUCGACCUCUUAGCUGGCAUGUACUCCCUCCAUUUCUUUUUAGUCCGCAUAUAAGAUUUUGUCAAAGUCAAGCUUUUUAGAGUUUGAGUAACUUUAUAUUAAAAAAUAUAAACAUUCACAAAAUACGAAAUCAAUAUUAUCAGAUACACCAUAAAACGUAUUUUCAUACUAUAUAGUUUUAGUACUGUAGAUGUUCAUAUUUUUUUAUAUAAAUUUAGUCAAACUUUGUGUAGUUUGACUUUGACCAAAUCUUAUAUGCGGAGUAAAAAGAAACGGAGGGAGUACAAUAGUAAGUUUUAAAUAUAUACUAGUUUAUCAAUAGUUGGUCCACCUUACAUCCUCACAAAGCGUCUUGGGUCUCGUGUUGCAUCUGGCUACUAACCAAGAGACCGCUUCUCUUCUCUCUCCUCCAACUAAGCAAGGAUAUAUUAUUCUAUCUCUUAGAGCAGGUACAAUAAGCUUAUGUAAGCGGGUUAUAAGAGUUAAAAUAUUAUAUUUCUGCUGACAUGGAGGGAACAGAAGAGAAGCUGGCUACAGAAUAAGAGCCGGCUGCAACACGUUCUCCUAGGCACUAUGUGAGAGUGGGACGUGGACCAUGCAUUAAUAAAAUAGCACUUCUUAACAUCUUACUAUUGUACGUGCCGGCUAUAACCUUGGCUAUAGAUGACAUGUCAACAUCAUAUAGCCAUCAACUGACUGUACUACUCUAUUAACCAUGCUCUUAUAAUACCCCACAGCGAGACUCCAUUUACUUCUCUAUGUAUUUAUUGUGACACUUCAAUGGAAGCUUGCAUGCUAAUUAGACACUUCAAUGGAAGUUUCCGUAAUCAAAAUUAUAUUUAGGUACGUCUUCGUUAUGUACUCCUUCCGUUUUUAUUUAGUCCGCAUAUUAGUUUUGGUAAAAAGUCAAGCUUUGUAAACUUUGACUAAGUUUAUAAACAAAAAUAUUAAUAUAUACAAUAACAAAUCAAUACUAUUAGAUUCAUUAUUGAAUGUACUAACACACCAUAUAGAUUUGUUAUGGUAAAUGCUUAUAAUUUUUUCUAUAAAGUUGGUCAAAUUUUAUAAAGUUUGACUUCGGUCAAACCUAAUAUGCAGACUAAAUAAAAACGGAGGGAGUACAUGGCAGAGCUGGAUCUCCUUCCCAACGACACCUUUCGCGAGUUCUACGUCAAGCUCAAUGACAUUCUCUGGGACACAACAAAACCUGUUGAGCUGAAGUAUCUCGAGACGUGUGUCCUCUACAAUGAAAAACCCGACCACUCCAACGAAUAUAUCUUCUCAUUGGAGGCCCCAGCCAAAUCCACACUCUUGCCCAUCCUCAAUGCUUUCGAGAUCUUCUCUGUAAUCUCCGCCACCGAAAUAGCCACAGGCACCUUGGAAGGUAAGCGGUUAUGCAUUUUUUUAAAGGGUUCUCCCCUCCGUUCCAUUUAACUAAAGUGAAACCAAAAUCAUCGUUCACAUUGCUCAUCUCAAGCCAAAGUAAGUGGCCGUGUUAAGAUGCAUGUGCAUGAUUCAUGAAGCUAUACUAUUUCAGUAUUUCUCUAUAUAGAUCCCGGAGCCUAAAUGGUUUCUUUUAUGUGUUGCUACCAAGAAAUGCUAUAGUUUCUGCCAUGACGAACAUCAGAGACAAGUACCAGGUGAAAAAGAACUGGAUGGGCGAUCCUUGCGCGCCCACCAAUUUCGCCUGGAAUGGAUUGCGUUGUAGCUACAUUGUUUCUGGCCCACCAACUAUCACAGGCUUGUGAGUUAUUUCCGUUUGAUAAUUUUUUUGGGUUGUGGCGAGUACUACUACGUUUUUAUGGGACCAGUAUAGUGGACCGUAUGAAGGGCCUUGCUUCGGUAGACCCCCCCAACAAAAUAUAGAAGGACAUAAUGGUCAUACGGAAGAAACGUAUGCCCACCUCCUAUCAUACCGUAUAGACCGACGUCCGUAUACCUUGACGAAUAAAAAAACCGCCGCACGUGUAGAGGAAAAAAGUCAACUGCACGAUCUUCUCGCCCGCCCGACGAUCACGCACGUUGAUCACGCCCAGUUUCCAACUGUGCGAUCGCCGCCGACUGAACCCCAUCCGACGCUGCAUCUGAACGUCGCCGCGGAUCCGUCCGGCGUCGACCUACGCUGGCGACGUCUACACCGCGGCCCUCGUCUUCCACGUCGCCGCCGUUUUCCAUCUAACCCUUGUCUUGCACGUCGCCGUCGGCCGGCUUGUCGGCUGCGACUGACCACGCUGUCGUCCGCACGCCGCGGAUCCGGCCCUGCGUCGACCUACGUCGGCGACGUCUACACCGCGGCCCUCGUCUUCCACGUCGCUGCCGUCUUCCAUCUAACCCUUGUGUUGCACGUCGCCGUUGUCUACUCCGCGGCCGAAGGUUUGCCAUCUAAUCUCCUUGUCUAAACCUAGCAUGCUAGAUGAUAUGAGUCACACAUAGUGAUCUAGGGUUUAUGGUUGAGUAAACAUGCCGUCGCAGCGGCGCCUCCCCGGACGACCGCAUGUUGUAGGCAGAUAGAGUUGCACUUGGGCAUGAUCCACGGUACAAACUUAACACGUGAUGAAUUCACAAUGUUAUGCAGUUUGGUCAGUUAGGCGUGUUGUCAUGGAUGAACAAACCGCAUUGACGGGGGAUGAUAAUGGUACUAAUAAGGCGACUCGGAAUGAUAACGAUAUUUUUAAUGAAUAUGAUGACAGCAGCGACAACGAUUCCGUGUCGUCAUUUGAUAUCUUGCCUCCGGAGGAUUUUGAUCAUAAUGAACAUGGCGCAAAUAGUGAAAACGAAGAUGUGGAUGUUGAGAAUGUGGAAAAUAGUUUAUAGGAAUCAUUGGCGGAUAACUUGAGCCAGGAGGAGUCAGAUGGUAUUAGCGGUGAUCACGAUGAGGGGGAGAUCGACAUUGAGGAGGCUCGAAGGCAGCAGCAAAUGGUGGAUACACAUUGGAAGGUGAUGGCUAUGACCUUUCGGUCGCAAGGUGAUGCAUACAUAUUCUAUAACAAUCACGCCAAAGAGAACGGGUUUAGCAUCAGAAAACAGAAAGUCAAACGAGGUGCUUCAGGAAUGAUACGGUACCGGAGAUUUCUUUGCUCCAGGGCAGGUAGAAGGCAGAGCAAGUUUAUAACCAUGGAGGGCCGCAAGCGCAGGCUUAGACCGGAGACUCGUUGCGAUUGCGGUGCACAUAUGGUGGUGAAGCUGGACAGAGAAUGUGGUGUUUGGUUUGUCGCGUCAUUCGUGGAUGAUCACAACAACGUGAUGGCUAGGCCCGACGAGGUUUGUUUUCUGUGGUCUCACAGACGGAUUGGAGAAGGCACGAGGGCAGAGAUAUUGGCGUUGGAAGCUGCCGGGAUAAGAAAGCAUAUAAUAAUGGACAACUUUAUCAGCAGAUACGGUUCGUACGAUAAGUGCGGGCUUAUCAGGAGGGAUAUUUACAAUCCUUGUUGCAGAGAAAAAAUGAAGCUCAUCGCAAAAGGUGACGCAGAGACGGCAGUUGGCAUUAUGAGGAGCAGGAAGGAGAAGGACCCUGAGUUUUUUUGAGUAUGUGCGUGACAAGGAAGGGCGACUGAAGAGUAUGUUUUGGUGUGAUGCACAGUCGCGGAGGGACUAUCAGGACUACGGAGAUGUGGUUGUGUUUGAUAGCACGUAUAAGAUGAAUAGAUAUGGUAUGCCGUUCGUCCACUUUGUCGGAGUUAACAACCACCGUUGCACCACAGUGUUUGGAUGUGCCAUAAUUGCUGACGAGACGGAAGGGUCAUAUGUGUGGCUGCUGCAGACAUUUAUGAAGGCAAACUGUCAGGUGAAGCCAAAGUCAAUAAUCACAGAUGGUGACGCUGCAAUGAUCCGGGCUAUUCAGACUGUGCUUUCAGAUGUUUUCCAUCGUCUUUGCUCCUGGCAUAUCGAGAAAAAUAUGCAGAGGCACCUGCAUUACAAGUUACUGGAUGAGUUCAGAUCGCUCCUAUACUAUGCCACCUCUCAAGCGAACUUUGAGCAGAGAUGGACCGCUUUCUAUAAUAAGUGGAAGACGGAUAGAACUAAAGAGUGGCUUGACAGGAUGUACAGGAAGAAGAGACUUUGGGCAGCUUCAUAUCUUUCCGAUGGUUUUUUCCUUGGUAUGCGAAGUAAUCAGAGAAGCGAAAGCCUCAACUCCUGCCUUCACCUACACCUGGACUACGGUAUGACAAUAGUUGAUUUGGUUGUGUAUUAUGAGAACUGUAUAGUUCGCCUGUGUGAGAAUGAGGCGUACGAUGACUGUGAGGCACACCAAAAAGAACCACCAUCGGUUACUGAAUAUAAGGCACUUGAGGAGCAUGCCGCCAAAGUAUUCACACUUGCUAAUUUUUACAUCCUGCAAGAUGAUUUGCACAAGAUGGGUCAGCUGGAGAUAUUUGAGACGCUCGUGGGAAUUGAGCGUCAGACAUAUAUGGUGACAUGGAAGGAUAACCACAAGUUCAUGUAUAAUGUUGUUUAUGAACCAGGUAACUCAGAAGAAAUUAUAACAUGCAGUUGUCUUAGGAUGGUUCGGAAAGGCCUGCCAUGCAAACACAUUCUUUUUGUUCUUCAUCAUCUGAGCAUAACUGAAAUACCAAAGUGUUGUGUCCUUCAUCGGUUGUCAAAAAAUGCGAGAGAUGGAUUGCCUGUGCAGCGGAAGAGUGAUAUGUUUGGAUGGGGUUGGUCAGGGCCAUUAGAGAGAGACCGGUAUAGUCAAAUAAGCAUAAAAACCGCAGAGGCAGCUCAUGUUGCAGCAAAUGAUCCCUUCUUGUUUGACGAGUUGAUGAAGUGUCUGGACAACAUAAUAGCGCAGAAAAAGAUACCAGAGGAGGAACUUAUAGGAAGUGGAAGGUAUGCUAAGCUUAAGAAGGAGGCAAGUCAAGCGCAACAAGUUGAGCCUGGUAUUGGUGAUCCUGAGAAAGUUUCGACGAAGGGUGCACCUAAGAAGGGGCGGUCAAAGGGGGGCCCCGAUGUUACAAAGAAUGGUAGGCCAAAAGAUUUUACAGAGAAAAAAAGUGGUCCUUUGUGCAGUCUAUGUAGUCUACCAGAUCAUAACAAGGCUACAUGUCGAAAAAACCAGAAGAAUUGGGCGUAGAGAAGCAUCUUGCUAUGUUGGAAGAAUAAAAAUGGUCGCACGAGUCUAGUCCGAAUAAACUAUGUUGUUUCUUGUUCGUACUUGUGUGGCAGAAAACUUUAUGUCUCGAUUUAUUUAUGUGUGAUGAAAAUACUUAUGUGAACAUAUGUGAUAUGACACAUCAUAUUUGUUUAAUGAAUUGCCAUCUUA